AUGGCACGCAUCGUGCUCAGCCUCCUCGCCCUCCAGCCCUCUGUCGGCGGCCUGCAGUCUCCGCGGCGCCCGAUCGCCAGCACGUGUGCCAGACCAUCUGUCUCACCCGCCGCCGCUGCUGCCUCUGGCCCCUCGUUCAGCGAGCUGCCGCUGCCCGAAUGGCUCGUGGAUCGGACCGAGGCGCUCGGCUACACGCAUGCCACCCCCGUGCAGGCUACCGCCAUCGGCCCGCUCAUCGAUCGGCGCGACGCCGUCGUGCUCGCUCAGACGGGCUCAGGCAAGACGCUCGCGUACAUGCUGCCGCUGCUCGCCUCUCUGCGGCCGAGCGCAUCGGUGCAGGCGCUCGUGCUCGCCCCCUCGCGCGAGCUAGCCGCCCAGGUGGCGCGGGUCGCACGGAGGCUGGCGGCAGGCAGCCCGGACCGGCCGCUGGUGAUGGCCCUGCUCGACGGGUCGGCGGCGCGGCGGCAGCGCGUGUGGAUCCGGGCGCAGCCGCCGCAGACGCGCGCAGCGCUCGAGCGCGUGCUCGCGGCGCGCUGUGGGCCCGAGCCUCGGCAGACCGUCUUCGUCUCCGCGUCGCUGCCGCAGCGGAACCACUUUGUCAAGCAGGCGGGCCGAGACCUCACUCUUCAUAGUGUGACUGCGGUGGCGCAGCGCUGGUGCGGCACCGAGCCGAUGCUCAUCCACUCGCAGCCGGAGCAGCCGGUGCCGGAACAGCUGCGCCAUCUGGUGGCGGUCUGCGAGACGCCUCGUCGAGUCGCGGCUCUCCGCGUCUUGCUGAGGCGCGACGACCCGUCUCUGCGCGCCGCCAUCGUGUUUGUGAAGGCGGGCCGCCCUCUCGAGCGGAUCGCCGAGGCGGUCGGCGGCGUGCUGCAGCCGGAGCCGCCAGAGAUCCUCUCCGACGAGUCGACGCUCCGCCAGCGCGCACGCGCCGUCGCGUCCCUCCGCGACGGCUCGCGCCGCCUCCUCCUCUCGACGCCGCUCGGCGCGCGCGGACUCGACAUCCCAGAGUGCUCCCACGUCUACCUGUUCGACCUGCCGAGCAGCGCAGAGGACUACCUCCACGCCGCCGGCCGCUCGGGCCGUAUCGGCAAUUCGGGCACCGCGACAGUGCUGUGCGCCGAGAAGGAGCUCUUCCGCUUGCGCCGCAUCGGCAACGCUCUCGGGAUCGACUUCGAGGAUGCCGCGCCGCCUCGCACCUAGAUCGAUCUAGGGCGAGGCCACGGCAGCCGGCAGGAUCCUCUUUGUCUUUUGGUGCGGCACCCCAUAGCCAUACACGGCACGCGAUCGCGAACCGCUCGCUCGUGAACGUGACGCAGGACGUGGAUCCCAACGUCCCAAUUCCCAAGUGCCAAGACCCAAGUAGCAAGUUUUGGAAGUUUGAGAAAACUAUCAGUUUGUCCA